UUGCGUAUGCUUGUGUAUGUUUCCAUACACUGCACAGCGGGCAGCGGCGACGUUAUCGGUUUGCUUUAUUUUUCUCGUACGAUACGGCCGUUGGGAAGAGCUUUCGUUUGGCGGGAUUACGGAUAAUUCAUCGAGUCGCUGCUCUUCCACUCCCAGAUUGUAAAACGAGUAAGCCUAAGGUGAUAUCUAACGCAGCCUUCCUGUGUAUUUCCAUAACCAAUGUUAGUGAUCAUUACGAAUGACAACGAUAUAGUUGGAAUUGGAACAAUAUUUAUCAAAAUAAGAUUGCAAUAAAUGUACUCUGAAGGGGAAAAUAGGUGGAUAUGGUUUUACAUUACAAAUUGUUGCUUUAAAACGGUGCUAUGAGCACGAUAUCCAUGUACGAUGGAUUGGAGCAAGAGACAAAAUCGAAUAAUAAUGCUCUGGAAAGCAGUGGAGGUACUAUAAAAAAAUUGGCCAGAGGGAUUUCGAGAGCGACUGAAAAUGCUGCCAUUGUAUCACAUGCUCGGUCCCAGCUCGCAACCCUCGGAGCUGUGGAUACCCCCGAAUUUACUUUUUCGUUACCAGACCUUUCUGUAUAUCCAGAUUCCUUUCGUCAGUUUUUGGAGAGAGAUUUAAUCGAAGGAGGAUGUCUAACAUCUUUGGAGACUGCUGGGCGAUUAAAUUGGUGGUGUAACGGUAGGAAUGGAGGAACAAGGGUGCUGUGGCCAUUGGCAACUACUGGAGAUGGUAAUUGUCUUCUCCAUGCAGCAUCUCUGGGAAUGUGGGGCUUCCAUGAUAGAUUGUUAACUUUAAGAGAUGCACUUCAUAAUACUCUUGCCAAAGGAGAAUACAGGCAUGCUUUAUUUAGGAGAUGGAAGUGGAGGCAAAUGGGAUUAAAUGCAGCAGCUGGGCUGUCUUACACAGAGACUGAAUGGUUAUUAGAAUGGAAAAGUAUCGUAGAUAUGGCAUCUGCUAAUCCACGAAAUCAAACCACUACAUCCUAUCAGAGUCUUGAAGAGGUACACGUAUUGGCACUCGCUCAUGUUUUGCGAAGACCAAUUAUAGUGAUAGCAGAAACGAUGCUAAAGGAUUCAGAAGGAAUUGCUAUAGCCCCUAUUCCUUUUGGUGGAGUUUAUUUGCCAUUGGAGGUGCCUCCAUCUCGAUGUCAUCGAACUCCAUUGCUGUUGGCAUAUCAUUCAGCCCACUUUUCUCCCUUGGUUACCGUUGAUGGAGGAAAUGAUCUUGGAGACGGUAGUGGAGAAGGUGUCAGUAUACCACUGGUGGAUCCAGAUACUGGGCAGCUUUUGCCAGUUUUGUUUGCUGUAGACCCAGGACCUGAUUGGGAUUGGACUACUUCAUCACAAGAUCUGCUACCAUGUCAUCAAGAUGCGAUGGAGAUUUUAAUAAAAGAUUAUUUAGAGUGUGAGUACCAAAUUAUAAUGACGGAUGAUAUAGAUAGACUGUCCGAUACUGAUGGUUCCUCUUCCGGCAAGAGCAAGGCAGCUAAGCAAUUGAUGGGAGUAGCAAAGCAAUUUGGUUCAAUUGGAAAAUCUGUUAGUCGAAAGUUACUGUCUAUGGGAAAAAGACCAAAGAGUCCACCUGCAUCAUCUACAGGUGUAGUUGCCGAAGGAUUGUUGUGUGUGCGAAUCAGAAGUAGGCGACAUCAAUAUGUUGACCAGAUGUUACAAAAUUACCUGCAAUGUGCCCAUGCCAGGUAUUUGCAGGAACAACAGAAGAACGGCGGUGGUACCGAAAUGAAUUAUGGAGCUGGUAAAUCGAAAUUUUAUACGGCCAGCGAUAGAGGAAGUCACGCGAGUGUUAGCAAAUUACUCCCAACAAAUCCUAACAAAGAUCGAACGCUCUAUCUCUCAAGGUCUACGUUUUAUAACGACCAGGCAACGUCACUUGAGUCUUCUACCCCAGAGCUUUGGAAUAACGGUAGUAAUUUAGGGGGAAUGGUAAGGCAGUGCCGCACUGAAGACUGUCAAUUUUUUGGCUCCCAGGAACACGAUUAUUACUGCUCGCAGUGCUGGACGAACAGGCGAUACCACUAACGAGCGUUUUCUCUCCCAUGACAAUCUCAGUUUUACUUAUUAGUAAGUAACAAGCAGUAUGUAGGAGUAACCCUAGCGCGUAAAGUACAGCUUGCGAACGAAUAAGAGUAACGCGCUUCGCAGGCCUUUCGCUACGAGUUUUUUUGUUCAUUUCUUUCGUCGGCGCUUUUAUUUAUUAACAUUUAUGUACCCCGAAAACAUAUCGCGUACCAGGAUUUCAAACAUGUUCGAUAUGCGUUGCCAGAACUGCAACGCGACAAGUAUGCAACCUUUUUAAUGAAGAUUCGGUCUAGGAUUUUUUAGAUUUGAAAUUAAGUCAGCUGGUUAUCCACCGGUUAAACAAUAAUUAAAAAUGUAUUAAUGAACAAGUUGAAAGUGCCUUGUUUCGUACAAGCAGAAGGUAUUUGUUGAAAUUCCAAGAUCAGUACCCGUACCAAUCAGCACCUGUAUGAAUUUUUUUUCUUCGUUAAGGGAAAUGUUUUCGUUAUUUUCACUUGAUCUUUUAAAAGAUUACCUAACCCUUUCCGCUCGUUUAUAAUGUAAUUUUGCGUUUAUUUCUAAUGCAUAAUCCAAGAUGUUAAGAGCAAUAUUCUUAAGGUCAAAGUCAAGAGAAGGUGCAGCGCGACUUCUCAUAUUUUUCUAUCCUUCUGAGACUCUUUGCAUCUCCGCUGUCCAAAGUAGCCCGAGAUGACGAAUGCGUUAAACGUAGCUUCCUAAAGGCAGAGUGAGUUUGAAUCGUCAAAGACGGAUUACUGGUCAUCGUAAUAUAUUUACAUCACCAUAGGUGAGAUCGCCUAAUGUAAUUAAUCGCUGUUCGUGUAUAUUCGCGUGUGUUAUAAUAAACGAGUAUUUUUUUAUAA